AUGAGGCCACCCCAAUCGCGUGACGGGUCGUUGGACCCCGACUUGUUCCACGACUUGCUUGGAGCCGGUUGGUUCAAACCCCUCUCUCCGUCUCCAGAUGUCCCGGUCCUGCUUUUCCGGCGUUGGUUUUCCGCCCUUGUUUUCCGGCGUCACUUUUCCGCGUUCUUCUGUCCCGAAGCAAUGGUCUCUAAACAAGCGAUGGCGGACGAGAGCAGGAACAACGGCUUGAUGGCGCCCAGCCAAACUUUGAUCAAAGACAUUGUUAUCACUCCUGUCGCCUUCCAUGACAUGCCCCUACUGAAUAGCGUUGGCGUACAUGAGCCCUUCGCGCUGAGGAGUAUUGUUGAAAUCAUUAUCGACAAUGGCACGCACGGCCUCGGAGAAUCUUAUGGCGACCUUGCUCAUCUGGACCGGAUGCAGCUAGCAGCUUCCAAGAUCAGAGGCCUGGAAGUCCACAACACCAAUGCUGUAUACCAAGCUGUCGUAGAUUCUCUCGCCUCGGACAGCAGCACUGGUGGGGACGGUAUGAGUGGGAUGGUGACUGGAACAUCGACAGCCGCUAAAGUCUUUUCUCCUUUUGAAGUUGCGUGCCUCGAUAUCCAAGGCAAGCUAGCUGGUAUUCCGGUUUGUGAUUUACUUGGUGGGCGCGUCAGAGACCGCGUCCAAUACUCUGCUUACCUCUUUUACAAAUGGGGUGGACAUCCGGGCCAACCGGACGAUGAAUACGGUCCAGCUCUCGAUCCCCCGGGCCUAAUCAAACAAGCACACAAGAUCAUCGACGAGUACGGUUUCAAGGCUAUUAAGCUGAAAGGCGGAGUUUUCCCUCCAAAACAGGAGGUGGAAGCUAUUAAGGCUCUACACGCAGAGUUUCCUGAUUUACCCUUGCGACUUGACCCCAAUGCCGCAUGGACAGUUGACACGUCCAAGUGGGUUGCGAGAGAAUUGGAUGGACUGCUCGAAUAUCUUGAAGAUCCAGCUCCGGAAAUUGAGGGUAUGGCGGCCGUGGCGAAGGAAGCAAAUAUGCCGCUUGCAACGAACAUGGCCGUCGUCUCGUUUGCCCAUCUCCCGCCUUCUAUCGCACAAGAUGCUGUUCAAAUUGUGUUGUCGGACCACCACUUUUGGGGCGGGCUGCGCCAGUCCAAGGCAUUAGCGAGUAUUUGUGCCACUUGGGGGAUGCGAUUGUCGAUGCAUUCCAACAGUCACUUGGGUAUAUCGCUGGCGGCGAUGACGCAUUUGGCUUCCACGACACCCAAUUUAGACUAUGCCUGCGAUACUCAUUGGCCGUGGAAGCGCCGCGACGAAGACGUUAUAGUGUCCGGUGCACUCAACUGGAAGGACGGAGGUGUCAUUGUGCCAACCACGCCAGGGCUUGGAGUCGAGCUGGACAGGAAGAAACUAGCAGUUUUGCAUGAGCAAUACUUAAGCUGCGGUUUGAGAAAAAGAGACGAUACAACGUAUAUGCAAAAAUACCAGCCAGACUUCUCGAGCAAAAUUCCGCGUUGGUAG